GGUGGGGUGGGAGGAUGGCGGGGUUUCGGUGAGGCGGGGUUUCGAGCGCGUCGGAGGGCUGGGCCGGCGUCGGAGGUGGUGGAGGCGGCGGCGGUGGCGGCGGCUGUCCCGGUCCGAGUGGGUGACGCCGGGCGUCUGCGGGAAAGCGGGCGCGAUGCCGGUCCAUUCGCGGGAGAAGAAAGAGAACCACCACGAUGAGAUGGAGGUGGACUACGGGGAGAAUGAAGGGAGCAGCUCCGAGGAAGAGGAGUCCGAGAGCUCGUCCGUGUCCGAGGAGGGGGACAGCUCAGAAAUGGAUGACGAGGACUGCGAAAGGAGAAGAAUGGAGUGUUUAGAUGAGAUGUCCAAUCUUGAAAAACAGUUUACAGACCUCAAAGAUCAACUUUACAAAGAGAGAUUAAGCCAAGUGGAUGCAAAACUACAGGAGGUCAUUGCGGGAAAGGCACCAGAGUACUUAGAACCACUGGCAGCUCUGCAAGAAAACAUGCAAAUCCGAACAAAAGUGGCAGGUAUCUACAGAGAGCUCUGUUUAGAGUCUGUGAAAAACAAAUAUGAAUGUGAGAUUCAAGCUUCCCGCCAACAUUGUGAGAGUGAAAAGCUCUUGUUGUAUGACACUGUUCAGAGUGAACUAGAAGAGAAAAUCAGACGACUGGAAGAAGACCGACAUAGCAUUGACAUUACCUCAGAGUUAUGGAAUGAUGAACUUCAGUCUAGGAAAAAAAGGAAGGAUCCGUUUAGCCCAGAUAAGAAGAAGCCUGUAGUUGUAUCAGGACCCUAUAUAGUGUAUAUGCUGCAAGACCUUGAUAUACUUGAAGAUUGGACAACAAUACGGAAGGCAAUGGCUACACUGGGACCACACAGAGUGAAAACAGAACCCCCAGUUAAGCUGGAAAAACACAUUCACAGUGCACGAUCUGAGGAAGGAAGACUCUAUUACAAUGGCGAAUGGUAUGGACGUGGACAAACAAUAUGUAUUGAUAGGAAAGAUGAAUGCCCUACAAGUGCCAUAAUUACAACAAUUAACCAUGAUGAAGUGUGGUUUAAGAGGCCUGAUGGAAGCAAAUCUAAACUGUAUAUUUCUCAGCUACAGAAAGGAAAAUAUUCAAUCAAACAUAAUCACAACUGACCAUUAAAGCAACCAGACAGUGUUAUCCUGCUUGAAGUGCCAUGAGAUGAAAGAUGUAUUUACUCUGUGUUCUCAUCUAUUUUUUGUGGCAGUAUCUGUGUAUCUGUAGUAGUAAAAGUAAUUUUCAUACAAAUGUCUUAGAAUCAGUGACACAUAUUCAUGUUGAACAUGACGUCUUGCCUCUAAUUUGGAUCCGGCACCUAAGAAAGAAAACAGUCUUUUGGAGAAUUUGGAAACAUCUGACUAAGAAGCUACAGUACUAAAAAGUGUUGUGUGUUCAUGGGAGAGAAGUGUACAUACAGCUGCAGAAGUCUUUUUAGUUUCUUCUGCAGCUGCUUGUUUGGCUAAAUGUACAGGCCACAUUUUAAAUGGUAAGCGCAUGGUAAGAUUGCUGUUGAAAGACAUUACCUGGUUUUGUGCUGGGUUCUUUAGCUUAUUCGCUCACAGGCCUCUAGGAAUGUGGUCUUAAACCACUGUGUAAAAAGGAAACAAAGUGGUAUUUAUCUUUAAAAAAAAAAUAAAAUAAAUCAAGUCAUAGUCGUGAAGCUUAUCACUACAUAUAACAGUUCCUCUUGCAUUCUAGAGAACAUGUCAUGCUUGUUUCGCAAAGAUGUGUUAGCUUGUGCAAAUGUUACUCUGAUGUGUUCUAGUAGUGAAAAAUGGAUAACUUCAAAAACAAUGCAGAAAGCACAAAUCAUUGUUCUAGGUCAGUUAAACAUUUCUGUUAUUAAAAAAACAAAUUGGCAUCAAGCAAGGGGUUUGCUACUAAAAAACAAAACCAAACAACCAAUGGUGCAAAGUAUAUGGCACUAUUUUCACUAGUAUUACACACUCAGGUAAGAGUGCCUCAUAUGUAAAUUGUGAAACUAACCAAAAGUAUUACUGCCUAUUGAUUUAUGUAUCUGUAGUCAAAUCAAGUGUAACCCUUUGAAACUGUUUCAUUGAGCAAAACAACAGAAAACCAUGGUAUUUGCUGCUUCAGAAAUGUAGGAUGUCUGCAUUUGUAAGCUUAGCAUCAGGAGUCAGAUCUUUCAGUUUUACCAGAAAUGUUUGAGGCAUGCAUUAUAAAGGGAUUGUGUUUGGGCUGGGGAGAAGACAUUACUUGGUGGUUAUGUGCACUUUAAUAUCCAUUAGGAUGAGCCUUUGAAGAAAGCUUGCCUCUGAUGGAACUGGCUGCCAAAAGUAUUUUUAUCUUCUAGGUUAGGUUGAUGCUAAAUAUGGAGUCUUAACAUGCAACCCUUACACUAUGUUGAACUUCUGAAUUAGAAUCUUAAUGAGUAAAAACAAAAUUGCCACAUUUGCUAUCAUAAUUGUAGCUUCAUACCCUGCAGACAUUGUAAUAGCAGGUGAGGACUGAUGGGUAACUUUGUUAAGAAAACUGUAGUCUUUUUUAUAGCGGAGGCUAUUCUGCUUGCAAUCCAUGGGAGAGCCCCAGACAAGUGUAGCUGCUGGCAGUCAAGUGUUUCCUUAACUAGUCUUUUUAAUUUUAGGUUAAUGUCUUGGAUGGGAGUAGCACUCAUGGACUUGAUCCUGACAAUUUGCUCUUGCUUCAGAAUCUUACCUUAGUGGUAUUUUGCAACCUCACUAGUUCCAGCUCAGUCUAGCACCAAAUACUUUACGCUGUGCAGAAAAGGACUUGUGUAUGUGCUGUGUUUUGUUUCAGAAUGAAGGCUUGGCAGCAUUUGCCUCUAAACAGAUCCACAGAUAGAACACCUAGCAGUCCUCCGCUUGUCCAC